AUGGCCGCCGAGCUCGACUACGACCUCAUCCUCGAGGAUGAGUUUGACGCGCUCUCCCUGGAUGUGACGGGCGAUGCCGCAGACAACACGUCCAGCAAGCCCGUCAAGUAUCCCGCCAAGCUCCACGCCCGCCGCGUCGCCGCGGAGCUCGGCUGCGACUCGGGCCUCGUCUACCUGCCGGGCAUGCCCGAGCGGCUGCUCGAGGACUCGGACCAGCCGCAGCAGUUCCGCCAGCGCCGAUACUUCCUCUACAUGGCCGGCGCCAACUUCCCCGACUGCCACGUCACGUACGACAUCGCCGCCGACCGCCUCAUCCUCUGGGUCCCGUACGUCGAGCCGCGCGAGGUGCUCUGGUACGGCGCCAAGCCCUCGACCGCAGAGUGCAUGCGCCGCUACGACGUUGAUGAGGCGCGCUACGUGACGCAGCUGCCCAAGUACCUCUCGCUGUGGACGUCGGCGCACCGCGGCCGCACGCUCUUCGCCCUGCACGCCGACCAGGCGCCCGUGGGAACCGACCCCGAUGCCCGGCUCAACGUCUCGCUCCUGCGCCCGGCCAUGGACCGCGCGCGCGUCGUCAAGACCGACUACGAGGUGGCCAUGGCGCGCCGCGCCAACGCCGUCUCCAGCGCCGCCCACCGCAAGGUCGCCCAGCUGCUGCUGCGGCGGCUGCGCUCCGAGCGCGACGUCGAGGCCGUCUUCGCCGCCGUGUGCACCGCCGCCGGCGCCCGCGACAUGGCGUACCCCGUCAUCGCCGGCGCGGGCGAGAACGGCUCCGUCCUGCACUACGGCGAGAACGACCAGCCCCUCGCCGGCAAGCACACCAUGGUCCUCGACGGCGGCUGCGAGUGGCAUGGCUACGCCAGCGACGUGACGCGCACGCUGCCCCUCGCCGGCAAGUGGACGCCCCGUGCGGCUGCCAUCCACGCCAUCGUCCAGCGCAUGCAGGACGAGUGCAUCGCGGGUGUCCGACCAGGAGCCCGCUUCGACCACCUGCACAUGCACGCCGAGGACGUGGCCGUCGACGGGCUGCUGCGUUUGGGGGUCCUGCGCGGCGACCGUGACGACGUGCUCCGCGCCGGUACCGUCGCCGCCUUCUUCCCGCACUACCUCGGCCACCACGUCGGCCUCGAGGUCCACGACGUGUCCGGCGCGCUGCCCAUCGCCGCCGCGCAGGGGCUCGGCCUCGACGGCGGGAAGCGCGCCAUGGUCACGCCCAAGGACUCUCUCCGCAUGCGCGCCGACAGGGCCGCCGAGACGAGCGGGCAUGCGUCGUCGCGGGCGCGCGAGAGGCAGGACCUGCGACCCAACAUGAUAGUCACCGUCGAGCCGGGCAUCUACUUUUGCCGCUCGUACCUCGAGGGCUACUUCCUCGAAGACCCCGUGCACUCGCGCUUCAUCGACGCCGACGUGCUCGAGGGCUACUACCCCGUCGGCGGGGUGCGCAUCGAGGACUGCAUCCUCGUCACGCGCGACGGCAACGAGAACCUGACGACGGCGCCCAAGGGCGAGGAGCUGCUCGACGUGAUCAACGGGCGGGCGUAG